GCUAAUGUGGUCAUUUGUAGUCUUCUUGCGCCUGCGCCCUGCUCGUGCUGCUGCUGGCGCCCCUGCUGGCGAUGGCGGUUUGGCUGGAGCUGUUGAGCUCGUAGACCUCCGCUCCCGUGGCCCUCGUGACCGCGCCCCUGCUGGCAGCGCUGUCGCUCUUCUCGAGGAGGGUCGUGCUGAACCCGAGCCUGAGCCUGCUCAGCAGUACGUCUCGAUGAGACUGAGAGAUAUGCGUGGUCAGUAGGGGUGAGAUGCCGUUGGUAUGCCUACCUAUCGUUGCUGCCGUUGCCGCCGUCUCUUCCGCUGUUGUAAGAGUAGUAAAUCAAUGCUAUCAAAAGUCAAGAAC